UCGUGGUAGUGACAGGUAGUCAUAUUGAUUGUGUCUCUCUUUCUGUGGUGGAAAGAAGUGGUCUGCAUAACAUGCACAUAAUCCAUACUGCAAUGUAGCAGUAUGUAGAUGAUUCUCAUGAUAUCGAUAACGUGCUCAGAAUAACCGAUAAGAGAAGGACUUUGACUGCUUAAACAUGAAUGAGCCAGAGGGACUGCGUUUUAGGAGGCUGAACAAACCUCAGAUCAUAACAGACGAAUCCCAAGAACCACAAUACAAAAGCACAAGCACUUACAGUGGGAAGAUAUUUCGUUUUACGUUGCUGACCGUUGGCGGUGCUCUGAUAUUGCCUCUCCUUGUCGUGGUGUUUGUGUUGGAAUGUCCAAUUCAGCCGGAGGCUUUCAGCCUCAACGAGCCGCCCCUCAUGACCGACUGCUAUGAGCCAAACCUGAAGUUGAGACAGGCACAGAGGCUAUUUGAAGACCAGCUCGUUGGCCCAGAGUCCAUUGCCAACAUCGGAGAUGUCAUAUACACCGGGACGGCAGAUGGGAAGAUAAUGAAAAUCGAGGGCAGGAACAUGCACAUUUUGGCAACACUGGGCAGGCCUCCAUGUGGAUCGCGUGAACACGAACAUAUCUGCGGACGCCCCCUUGGAAUCCGGGUGGGCCCCAACGGGACCCUGUUUGUGGCAGAUGCAUAUCUGGGACUGUUUGAGGUCAACCCCGUCACAGGUGAGGUGACAUCGCUGGUGAGUACUGGGACGAAAGUCGGCGGUCGACGUCUGUCCUUCGUGAACGACUUGGACGUCACUCAAGAUGGCAAAAAGGUGUACUUCACUGACUCCAGCAGCAGGUGGCAGCGCAGGGAUUACUUGAACCUCAUCAUGGAGGCUACAGCAGAUGGACGUGUGCUGGAGUAUGACAUGGAAACCAAGCAAGUGUCUGUCAUGAUGGAGAACCUUCGGUUCCCUAACGGGAUCCAGCUCUUCCCUGAUGAAGAAUCCGUGUUGGUUACCGAAACAACAUUGGCCAGAAUAAGAAGGGUCCAUGUGUCUGGCCUUAAUAAGGGAGGUAUGGAUACAUUCGUGGACAACCUGCCAGGUUUUCCUGACAACAUCCGACGCAGCUCCUCCGGGGGUUACUGGGUAGCCAUGUCUGCAGUGCGGCCCAACCCUGGGUUCUCCAUGCUGGACUUCCUUUCUCAGAGACCUUGGCUCAAGAAGCUCAUCUUUAAGCUCUUCAGUCAGGACGUGCUGAUGAAAUUCGUGCCGCGUUACAGUCUGGUGGUAGAACUCCAGGAAACCGGUGCUUGUGUGCGAAGCUUUCACGACCCGCACGGCACCGUGGCGGCCUACGUGAGCGAGGCGCACGAGUAUGACGGACACCUGUACCUGGGCUCCUUCCGUUCACCUUACCUGUGCAAGCUGGACCUGAGUAAAGUCUGAGACGCGAUUUUACUGACCGGUGGAAUAGCGCUCAUAUCCAUCGCAGCCUUCCGUCGGUCUGACUGAAACAUCUCGUAUUCCGUUUCAUCCAAAACCCCCAUCUCCAGAAAACGAGGUCUCGAUGCAAUUAAAGCUUCAAAAAAAAAAAAAAAGGCAUGUAUGACCCGAGCGCAUAUCAGCCUUGACCUUACUUUCACCCGUAAAAAUUAACAACCCUUGCUCCUGAUCUUCCCUACCUAGUUUUGAUGAUGUCAUUUUGAAUUUGGAGUGGGUGCUUGAGAAUUUGCUCAGUACUCUCCUUUUAAUGAUCACAACAUUGUAAAUUUUUUUUUUUUUUUUUUUUCCAGUGCAAUGGUUCUCAACUCCAGUCCCUACCCACAAAACAGCACAUUUUCUUUUAUCUAACCCAGCAUUACCCCACUACAUUCAACUGAUUACUUAGCCCAUGGCCUCUACAGCAAGUUGUGCUGAUGCUAGACGUUAACCUAGCUGAGUUUUGCUGAGUUUAGUGGCUCCCCGGUACUUGAGUUGAGGAACUUUGUUUUAGGAAUUUGCAGAGUGCAUCAAAACCGUGUUUGAGGUCCAAUGCUGUCGUGUUAAAAUAUGAGGUGCCAUUUUUUUUUUUUUUUUUUAACGUACUUCCUGUGUGAGACACUUUUUCCCGGUGUCUGUACUUUGAGCUGUUUGAUUUGCACUGCACUUCUCCUUAAAAUAGAGCUGCCAAAAUGGUACAUGUUACUGUCAGACACAUCUAAAUAGAGCAAACUUGUGGAGUGUGUGACUGACUUUUAGUUGCAGUACAAAGAUGCAGUUAAUGAAUAAUGAUUUUUAAUGCAUUUCAUCCAUCCUGUUUGCUUGGCUCUUUUUAUUUUAAGCUGAAAAGCUACAGGAAUUUUCUCAAUCACUGUUUGUCGAUAGGUGCUACUGAUUCCAGUUUUAACAAGAACCAGAACUACCCUUCCCUGAAUAAAUUAAUUUUGUUUAAAAUACUGGACAUACUCUUUUGAAUCAGCAGUACAAGAAAUACAUUAAUGAAUAAGUCUAACCACAUCUGCAUGUUCUAUACAGCUGAUAAAGUACUUAAUGCAUUGUCACUGCAACUGGGCGCGACCGGUUUCACAGUUCAGGCAAGAAGACUUUAAGCCACAUCAGUAGCGUGGGGUAAGCCGCCAUAAGUCUUUAAUUCUCGGACGCGCGUCUUAACUGACCAGAAAUGAAAAUGGCCCAGAUUGGCUGCAGCCUGACACGCAGCAAAUGUAAUGAACUAAAACAUAACCUAAAUGUGGAUAAACACCCCCCCUCUUGUGCUUCCUGACGUGACUCAAUGACUCGAUCAGGUAGAAUGAGUGGCUCUUCCCCCUUGGUCUACCACAUACUAUAUGAGUCAGCACUUUGUCAUGUGAACCUGACUGCAAUGCACAUUUAUCUUGCCUUUUUUUUUUUUUUUUUUUUUUUUUUUGGUGCAGUGCUGACUGAGCUUACACAUAUGUAACUUUCACAAAUGUACAUUUACUAGGACCAGAGAGUACAUGCUUGCCAUGGACAUUUAUAAAGAACCUCUCGUGAAUAGAGGUUUGUUUUUUUUUGGGGGGGGGGGGUGUCAUUGAUGUACUUGUCAUCAGAAACAUAGUGGAUUCCACCAAUCACCUGUGUUGUAUUGAUAGCAUAUCGGAGUUGAUUACAUCUGAGUUCAGCAUAAAAGGGGGGGGGGGGGGGGUGUAGCCUAAGUUUCAAAGGGAGAGAUUUUGCUUAAGUGUUCUCCUUGACCUGCAGGAAAAACCUCUCCUUAUCCAGCACUACAUCGCACAGGGAACUCUAAAGCACAUCAGACACACCGCUCACACCACAACCCCUGAAUUAUUAAAACACCCAUAUCACAGACGAUUAGACGCAAGAGAAGGAUUCUCAAAAGCUCAGGUUAUGCAAACCUGAGGAGGACUGAGAACCAGCAAUGAAAAGGUUUUGUGAACUACCAUUAAAUGAGAAUAAAGGAAUGAUGGUGGAUGUUA